GGCUCCCUAACCGUAUCACAGGUUACUCUCAAGUCCAGUCAGACCCAGUGAGCUGCUUGUUGCAAACCAUAGUGUCUGAAGAGUACGGGGUGCUGCUUUUCAGCCUAUAGUCAUGGCUCUUGGACCACUUUUCAGAGUUUCCUGGAUUUGUCUUUUGCUGUGUGACUUCACUGAAGGAUUACCAUUUUUUAAAGGGUAUGGAUAUCGAUAUUACGAUGACCCACGCAACAUGGGUAAUUAUGGAGAAGAGGGAGGGCUGAAUGCUGUUCAGAGCAACGGGCAAGCCCCAAGUUACCAACAAACUGGCUCUGGUUCAGCCAAACCUCAACAAAACCUGCAAAACACACAAGGUGCUCCUGCGAGAGAGCUUAAUAAGGUAGGCUCAACAGACUGGGGCCAGGAAAACCUUGAAAACCCAAUUGAAUUUCCUUUAAGCCCCAAAUAUCCUCAGCUUGAUUCUGCAAAUUCUCAGCAAAGCCCUGUCCAAACUCAAUCAAGACCUUCUACAAAUGGUAUACCGGCUUAUCCAGCUGGUGGGUUUACUCGUGAUGCUGGAGAAGCUGCCUAUGAGCCUGCACCAACUUUAACAUCUGAGGUUGCAACGUUUCCAAGCUUUGAGUCGUGGCAGCCUGAUCCAGCUAGUGGUCCUAACUCGGCUAACCAGAACGUAAACUCUGGCUCUAUUGAAAGUGGCUCACGAAACAUCCCUCAUCUUGUGUUUGAAGAAGUCUUUCAAUAUCCUUCUAAGAUUAUUGAGACCUCCAAUACUGCAGGAGGGUAUGCUCAGGCUGAGGGCAAGUGGCCUUCAACAGGAUCCGCUCCACCACCAGUAGGGCCCUCAUUCCCCAGGAACCCAACAAAUGAAGGAGCCCAACCUGUCCAGCGAGAUGAUGAAAAGCCACCAAAACCAGUUGCUAGCCCUAGGAAAGCUUUGGCUCCCCAGAGACUGAAUGAACCGAUCCGUCAAAGCUAUAUCAUCCAGUCCAGAAACCGCUACCAGCAAGCCAAGUAUAAACACUCCAACACCAGGUACACUCCAGAAUUUCCCUCUCCAAUCCCUGUAAGCACAAACGGUGUUGCAGCUCAACCAGCUGCCCCAAAGAUGUAAAGAACCCAUGACGAAUGUGGUGUCCUCCUGAAAAAACUAAAUAAAACUCUUUGAAACUUAAA